AUGCACACGGCACUCGAGUGUGAGGUAACUAUAAAACCCCGAUUUGUUUACAUUCCCUCCCCCAGAACCGGCCCCGUGCGCGGCGGAGACUGCGAGUCCCGGGACGGCGUGGGGGUAGAAAGGGAGAACAGAACCGGGGAGUCGGGGCUGGGUCCCUUGGGGAUGCGGGCGCUGGGGUUCCCGCAGCUGCUGCAGUCGGCGGCGGCGAGCCGAAGCAGAGCGCGUGGUGGGCAGCGUGUUGGGCGCCUCGGCUCCUCGUGUGCGGUCUGGGCUGCUGCGGGCCGUGGGAUCGGGAGCCGGCGGCGUCCACUCCGCGUGCGGAGCCUCGCGCCCCCGUCACCCUCCUGUGGAGGUUGGCUGAGCCUCGCGGGCCGCGCCCGGGGUGGGGGAGUGACCGCUGGGCGGGCGGCGGCGGUUAGGGGGCUGCGCGCCGGCCGCGGAUGGCGUCGCCGGCGCGGGCUGGCGAGGCUUUGGGGAUCUGUAGGCAGGUCUUCGGGGGCUUGGCGACCAAGCGACCCGGUUUCUUCCUGUCCAGUCGUUCUCUCUGGUGUAUAAUGGGGCCAAGGGACCCCGGGAUGGAGCCGCGGCGCCGCUGUUCCGGACCGAGGCUAACGGACGGCGGCGCCUCUGCUCCUACUAGUUUUCUCCCGGACCAACCGAAAAGCCGAGGCGGAGCGCGGGGUAGUGAAGAUCUCGGCCUGUUGGGGGUCCCUGGAGCUGAGGGCAAGGGUGGGGCCGGGUCGGUGGGACAGGCCGGGUGGGCCGGAGGUGGCGCGGCCACUCGGCUUUGUUCCGGAAAGCCCUUAGGUGGAGAGCGAUGUGGGGCGCGGCAGGGGGAGCGGGUAGAGGAACCUUCGCGUACUGCCUCUCCGGGUCUGGAAAUCUGCUGAACUCCUUGCCUCUCUUGGGGUCCCCCGAACGCCCCAGCUAAGAAGGGCGGGGGGCCUUGCCAGGGCGCGAGCGACAUGACGUUCAAGGUCUUCCUGUGGCUUCUGUAAAGAAAUGUUCACGUGGGAGCUUGUCCACAUGGGCUGUACUAAGGAUCUGGCACGAGGAAGAAAUAUCACUGCAGAAUCUGAAGCCCUCCGUUGGAAGGGUCGUUCUCUCGAGUACCUAUUCUAAAUGACAGUGACACAAAACACAUGUUAGAAAAAAGCAAAAAGGAUGGUAGGUUAUACUGGUUUUUUUAAAAAAAACUUUUAUUUAUACUUUUUGCUAUUAAGUCCUCUAAUUUUACAUUGGAACUGAGUCAUUCUUGGAGCAAAACUAGAAUGUAAUAGAUUUACAUUUCCUUUGUGUUUUCUUUUUCGAUAUGUAUCUAAAUUGUACAUAAUUAAGAACAAGCAAGUAAUGGAAAAGCUGGAGAUGUAGAAUUUAGUUCCUUCUAACUUAGUAUGCAAUUGAAAGCCUCAACUCGAGACUCCUGUGUAUUGUUUUAUAUUAGGACUCUAUUGUACAAAUAUUUGAGAACCUUAAUAUGAGUCAGUUACUUUUUCUAGAUCUUGGGGAUCCAUGCCAGACAACGCACGUUCUACAGGCACUGGUUACUCCAGUGGCUCCUUACUGGAAACAGAUACAUAAUAUCAGUGAUAAGUGCUGUGAAGAAAAUAAAACAAUGAUGUGCUGGUAGGGAUUUUUAACUUUUGUGUGAUGAACCACAGAAUGAUGGUUUUAAAUGUAUGAAAUACAUAGAAUUGCAACAGAAACCAGUUGUAAUGAAAUGAGGAUAUUAAAUAUGACAUCUAUAAGUAAAGCAUUAGCGAGGACUGUAAAUGAUCUUUAAAGAGUUUAGCUUAAAUUUAAUCUAAAAUUCCUAUCAGGUAUUUCACAUCGCUGUAAUUUUUGCCUGCAUUCGUAACUGAAGAGAUAAGUAAAUUUUUUUUUUUAUCUUUUAUAAAAAAAAAAAAAAUUUUUUUUUUUUUUCCUGACAUUCACAAACAUUCUGCGUUCUGUACAUAGACCCCUGGAUAAGAACCCCUGUACAAGAAUGACUUUGGUGCUACUUUAAAAGGAGUGGUUAGGGAAGACCUCAUAGGAAAUGACAUCAAUAAUAUAUUGCAUGAUAACCUAUACUAGUUCUUACUGUUACCAAUUUAAAUUCUAACCGCUUAAAAGCUAACACGUUCCUUCCCUUUUUUUGAGCACCUGAUUUGAAGUACUUUGAGUAGGCCUCAAGUGUAGUAUGCAAGUACUAAUCUAGGGGUUGUGCCUUUUUUCAAAAGUGGUUUUUGGAGAAGAUAGGAUGUAGUAUUAUAGCAAGGAUAAUUCAGCAUCUGGGAUGAUCAUUUGUUUCUGAUUAGAGAAAUUUACCUUGUUAAUAUUCUGUUCACCCAACCCUUGUACCCUCAGUGCUGACCAACACUGGAAAAAAUUUAGGCUUUGGAAUUAAAUUUUAAAGGUUCAAAACCUUCAUCUAUUAAUUAGUUGGCUUACCUUGAGGAAGUUGCUAAUCUUAAUUUUCUAUUUGAACUUCAAGUACAAAAACCCUACUCACAGACUUAACUGUGACCAUUAAAUGAGAUAAUCAAAAGGCUGAAGAUGAUAGUGAAUUGAUUUUACCUUUUUUCUACAUCCAGACGUUUCAGUUCUUUCAUUAGUGGUUGAAGCACUGUGUUCUUUUUCUUCCUCCACCUGCUUCUUGAUUACCUCCAGAAUGAGCUUUGAUGGUCUCUAUUGGGCCUUUGUUGGGGAGGGGGGGAGCGGUCGAUACAGUUAUCCUGUUGUUUUUGCUCUGUUGCUUAUAUAUAAUACUCAUGGAUUUAUUUCUGCUUCUCUUCCAUUUUCUAAUUUAUAAUAACCUGUGCAUCUUGUUUUCCCUGCCAAAUUAAAUUUCUUGAGGGAGUACAUACUGCACAGUUUUUUUGUCACAUACUGCUUAUGACACAUGAAUAUGCAGAGCUUGUCAUGCUCUUUAAGUUUAAAAUGCUAAUUGAGUGAAUCAAAACUUAAAUUCACCAUUAUGGUUAGGCUAAAAAUGUCAGCUUGUAUUUAUAUAGUGCUUACCGCAGUAUUGGAAAUAUCAUGAGUUUUGUAUCAGAAGGACGUUAUUACUAGUGCAUUUUAAAGUGAUACUCACCAGUCAUAGUUGCAAAAGUAAGUACACAAUGGAAAAUGGAAGAGAAAUGUAGGCAAUCAAAACAAAACUAGUUUUUUCCUUUAUAACAGAAGUUUUAUUAAUUUAUCUUUCAUGUAAGUGUAGUUCUCAUUAAAAAUACCCUAAAGCUUAAAGUUUGCAAGGCUGCCCAGCCUAACCCACAACAGUUUGAUGCUGCCCCCUAGCGUUUGAUUCCCUUCACCUUUUCCUAAAAUAAGAUAAUGUUUAAAUUACAAUUAGAUUUACUUAGUGCUAUAAAUUUGGUCUAUUUUAAAGUUUCCUCCGUCUAGUUAGUGUUGCUAAUAAGAUGGACAUAAGUGUUUUUUAACUGCUUAAUUCUGAUUGCUUUUAGCCCCCAGUUUUCCAAAUGGGGGUGAAUUUUGGGUAGAGAUAGAACAAUCAGGAAGUUACCUUGCUCCAAAAAAGAAAUUUAUUUAUGGGAUUGUUUUCAAAGCAGGAAGUUAGCCAUGUAAAUAACAGCAAUUUUAUUUAUUUAAUCUGGGCUUCUCCUUAUUUUGCAUGAUAUAAAAAUCUACUUUCUAGAUUAAUUUAGUUCCGUAUAACUUUGUAUUGCUUUGACUGUACUAAUAAUAAAGUUUGAAAGUGUUAAAUUUA